AUGGUGGAAUUAGCUAGAGUUCCAAUUUUAGGGAAUGAUAUUAUCCACGUUGGGUAUAAUAUUCAUGACCAUUUGGUUGAAACUAUAAUUAAACAUUGUCCCUCUUCAACUUACGUGAUCUGCAAUGAUACAAAUUUGAGUAAAGUUCCAUACUACCAACAAUUAGUCCUGGAAUUCAAAGCCGCUUUACCAGAAGGCUCUCGUUUACUUACUUACGUUGUCAAGCCAGGUGAAACAAGUAAGAGUAGGGAGACCAAGGCACAACUAGAAGACUACCUAUUGGUAGAAGGAUGCACUCGUGAUACCGUAAUGAUAGCCAUUGGUGGUGGUGUUAUUGGUGACAUGAUUGGGUUCGUUGCUUCCACUUUUAUGAGAGGUGUCCGCGUCGUCCAGAUACCAACAUCCUUAUUAGCAAUGGUCGAUUCCUCAAUCGGUGGUAAAACUGCCAUUGACACUCCAUUGGGUAAGAACUUUGUUGGUGCAUUCUGGCAACCAAAAUUUGUCCUUGUAGAUAUAAAAUGGUUAGAAACAUUGGCGAAGAGGGAAUUCAUCAAUGGGAUGGCAGAAGUCAUCAAGACAGCUUGUAUUUGGAAUGCUGCCGAAUUUACCAGGUUAGAAUCAAACGCUUCAGUAUUCUUGAAUGUUGUUAAUGGGGCCAAAAAUAUCAAAGUUACCAAUCAAUUGACAAACGAAAUCGAUGAGAUAUCGAACACUGAUAUAGAAGCAAUGUUAGAUCACACUUACAAGUUGGUUCUUGAAAGUAUCAAGGUUAAAGCAGAGGUGGUUUCUUCAGAUGAACGUGAAUCCAGUUUAAGAAACCUUCUGAAUUUUGGCCAUUCUAUUGGUCAUGCUUAUGAAGCUAUCUUAACCCCUCAAGCAUUACACGGAGAAUGUGUAUCCAUUGGUAUGGUCAAAGAGGCAGAGCUAUCCCGUUAUUUUGAUAUUCUUUCCCCUACUCAAGUCGCUCGUCUGUCCAAAAUUUUGGUCGCGUACGGUUUACCUGUCUCGCCUGAUGAGAAAUGGUUCAAAGAGUUAACUUUACAUAAGAAAACACCACUGGACACCUUGUUGAAGAAAAUGAGUAUCGAUAAGAAGAACGAAGGCUCCAAAAAGAAAGUGGUCAUCUUGGAAAGUAUCGGCAAAUGUUUCGGUGAUUCAGCUCAAUUUGUAAGCGAUGAAGACUUGAGAUUCAUUCUAACAGACGAAACUCUUGUGUACCCCUUUAAGGACAUUCCUGCCAAUCAAGAAAAAGUUGUCAUUCCUCCCGGUUCUAAAUCUAUUUCAAACCGUGCCUUGAUCCUUGCUGCCUUGGGUCAGGGCCCUUGCAAAAUCAAGAAUCUAUUACAUUCUGAUGACACGAAACAUAUGCUAACUGCUGUUCAUGAAUUGAAGGGUGCCACAAUAUCAUGGGAAGAUAAUGGUGAAACAGUAGUUGUGGAAGGCCAUGGUGGAUCCACAUUAUCAGCAUGUGCUGAUCCGUUAUAUCUAGGUAAUGCAGGUACCGCAUCAAGGUUUUUGACUUCUUUAGCUGCCUUGGUCAACUCUACUCCAAAUCAAAAGUAUGUCGUUUUGACUGGUAAUGCAAGAAUGCAACAAAGACCUAUCGCUCCUUUAGUUGAUUCCUUACGUGCUAACGGUACUAAAAUCGACUACCUGAAUAGCGAAGGUUCUCUCCCAAUCAAGGUGUACACUGAUUCAGUUUUCCAAGGUGGCAGAAUCGAAUUGGCCGCUACAGUUUCCUCUCAAUAUGUGUCCUCUAUUUUAAUGUGCGCUCCAUAUGCUAAAGAGCCUGUCACUUUGGCUCUUGUCGGUGGUAAACCGAUCUCUAAGUUGUAUGUCGAAAUGACGAUCAAGAUGAUGGAAAAAUUCGGUAUCAAUGUUGAAGCUUCCACAACCGAACCUUACACUUAUUAUAUUCCUAAGGGCCAUUAUGUGAAUCCGUCAGAAUAUGUGAUUGAAAGUGACGCCUCUAGUGCUACUUAUCCACUAGCCUUUGCUGCAAUGACUGGCACCACCGUUACAGUUCCAAACAUCGGUUUCGAAUCAUUACAGGGUGAUGCCAGAUUUGCAAGAGAUGUCUUGAAACCAAUGGGCUGUAAAGUUACUCAAACUGCAACAUCAACAACAGUUUCAGGUCCUCCAAAAGGUACUUUAAAGCCGCUGAAACAUGUUGAUAUGGAGCCAAUGACUGAUGCCUUUUUAACUGCUUGCGUUGUCGCUGCUGUGUCGCACGAUGACGAUCCAAAGUCAUCUAAUACUACUACCAUUGAAGGCAUUGCAAAUCAACGUGUCAAAGAAUGUAAUAGAAUUUUGGCCAUGGCCACUGAACUCGCUAAAUUUGGUGUUAAGACUACUGAAUUACCAGAUGGUAUACAGGUGCACGGUCUAAAUUCCAUAAAUGACUUGAAAGUUCCUUCAGAUUCUACUGGACCUGUCGGUGUAUGCACAUAUGAUGAUCAUCGUGUUGCCAUGAGUUUUUCACUUCUUGCAGGUAUGGUGAAUUCUCAAAACAAGUGUGACGAAGCUGUURAACCUGUUAGAAUACUUGAAAGACACUGUACCGGUAAGACUUGGCCAGGCUGGUGGGAUGUUCUGCAUUCCGAAUUGGGUGCUAAAUUGGAUGGUGCAGAGCCAUUAGAGUACUCUUCAAAAAAAAAUUCGAAGAAAAGUGUUGUCAUUAUUGGUAUGAGAGCAGCAGGCAAGACUACCAUUAGCAAAUGGUGUGCUGCAGCCUUGGGCUACAAGUUAGUCGAUUUGGAUGAGUUAUUUGAACAGCAACAUGGUAACCAAACCGUUAAGCAAUUUGUUGUGGAUAAUGGUUGGGAAAAAUUCCGUGAAGAAGAAACAAGGAUUUUUGAAGAAGUUAUCCAAAACUACGGUGACGACGGGUAUGUUUUUUCAACUGGCGGCGGCAUUGUCGAAAGUCCGGAGUCUAGAAAAGCCUUGAAUAACUUUGCUUCAUCAGGUGGCUAUGUUUUACACUUACAUAGGGAUAUCGAGGAAACGAUUAUUUUCUUACAAAGCGACCCUUCAAGACCUGCUUACGUCGAAGAGAUUCGUGAAGUUUGGAACAGAAGAGAAGUCUGGUAUAAAGAGUGCUCCAAUUUCUCUUUUUUUGCCCCACAUUGCUCAGAAGAAGCCGAAUUUCAAGCUUUAAGAAGAUCUUUUGGCAAAUACAUUGCCACGAUUACAGGGACAAGAGAAGUAAAGAUUCCAUGUAAAAGAUCCGCUUUCGUGUGCUUGACCUUUGAAGAUUUGACUGAACAAGCCGAGAAACUGACCCCGAUCUGCUACGGUUGUGAGGCUGUGGAGGUCAGGGUAGAUCAUUUGGCUAAUUAUUCUGUUGAUUUUGUUAGUAAGCAAUUGUCUAUAUUGCGUAAAGCUACUGAAAGUAUUCCUAUUAUCUUUACAGUACGUACUAAAAAGCAAGGUGGCAACUUUCCAGAUGAAGAAUUUAAGAGUUUGAGGGAAUUAUAUGACAUUGCUUUGAAGAACGGUGUUGAAUUCAUUGACCUAGAGCUAACUUUACCCACUGCUAUUCAAUAUGAAGUCAUCAAUAAAAGAGGCAAUACCAAGAUUAUUGGGUCUCAUCAUGACUUCCAAGGAUUAUAUUCAUGGGACGAUGCUGAGUGGGAAAACAGAUUCAAUCAAGCCUUGACUCUUGACGUGGAUAUUGUAAAAUUUGUUGGUACUGCUAAUAGUUUUGAAGACAACUUAAGAUUAGAAAGGUUCAGGGAUGCGCACAAGACUAAACCCUUGAUUGCAGUAAAUAUGACUGCCAAAGGCAGUAUCUCUCGCGUUUUGAAUAAUAUUUUGACGCCUGUGACAUCUGAUUUACUACCUAACGCUGCUGCUCCUGGUCAAUUGACAGUAGCACAAAUCAACAAGCUCUACACGUCUAUGGGUGGUAUUGAACCUAGAGAACUAUUUGUUGUUGGAAAACCAAUUGGGCAUUCUAGAUCGCCAAUUUUGCAUAACACUGGUUAUGAAAUUUUGGGCUUGCCCCACACUUUUGAUAAAUUCGAGACUGACUCAGCAGAAUUAGUUAAGGAAAAACUUUUGGACGGAAACAAAAAUCUAGGUGGGGCCGCAGUUACCAUUCCUUUGAAACUAGAUAUUAUGAAAUACAUGGAUGAAUUGACUGACGCCGCUAAAGUCAUUGGUGCCGUAAAUACCGUUAUACCGUUAGGCAACAAGAAGUUUAGAGGUGACAACACUGACUGGCUAGGUAUUCGCAAUGCCUUGGUCAGCAAUGGUGUUCCCGAAUCCGUUGGAAAUACAGCUGGUUUAGUUAUUGGUGCAGGUGGAACUUCCAGAGCUGCUCUUUACGCUUUACACAGUUUGGGAUGUAAAAAUAUCUACAUUAUUAACAGAACAACCUCAAAACUAAAACCAUUAAUAGAAUCCCUACCAUCUGAGUUCAACAUCACUGGCAUAGAAACCGCGGAAUCUAUUGAAGAAAUCAAGGAACACGUUGGCGUUGCUGUCAGUUGUGUACCCGCAGAUAAACCAUUGGAUAAUGAACUGUUGAGCAAAUUGGAGAGAUUCCUUGUAAAGGGUGCUCACGCUGCAUUCGUGCCAACCUUGUUAGAAGCUGCUUACAAGCCAAGCGUCACUCCUGUCAUGACAAUAUCGCAGGACAAAUACCAAUGGCACGUUGUCCCUGGUGCACAAAUGCUAGUUCACCAAGGUGUUGCGCAGUUUGAAAAAUGGACAGGAUUUAAGGCUCCAUUCAAAGCCAUUUUCGAUGCCGUUACGAGAGAGUAA